CUGUGGCAAUCGAUAGCCGCGGCAGCAAAUCCCACUCUCCCAGGGUGGAGCUGGAGAGCAGCAGGCGGGCCCGGAGUGUGGGCUGCUUGGACACCGGGACCGCUCUCAGUCCCUUCGUGUGCUUUCCGCGGGCGUGUAAAAACUGACGACUGUUUAAGCCGACGCAACCCAAAGGGCCAUUUACUUGGGGACUCGCAGCCGAGGACUGGCAGAGCAGGCUGGCGGUCUCGGUAUUUAAGCCGGGGCUGUGAGACGGGGCGGGCUCUAGUGAUUGACAAGCCCCUCCACCAAUGAGAGGACUACCUUCUCCCUCGCCCCAGAAAAAAAUAACUGCAUCUUCAGCUAGGAGUGCGAGAGUUUUGAAGCGGAAGGUUGGCACCCUUAGAGUUUCACGAGAGAAAAACCCUCGGCCUGACACACAAGAAAAGCCCUUUUAGCAGUCAGGCGUCGGCCCUGGGUCAGCCGAGCCGCGACACGGCUCCCCGCAGCACCCAUGAUAGACGUCCUCGCUGCCCAAUGGCUAACUCCUCUGUGGCGGGUCUUCGCAGAGAACCAAUGGGGGCCCGCGCCGGCCCAGCCAGUAGGCUGGGGGCAGGGGCGUAGCGGGAAGUUUGAAAGUCCGCUCGGGGAGUUGAGACGCGAGCUUCGGGCGCUCGGGCAGGUCCCGGUCGGGUGGCCCCUCCUCGCCCCGUGCCGGGCCUGGCGCCCCGCUCCUCCCGGUGCAGAUGGGCUCGGCCAAGAGCGUCCCGGCCACCCCGGCGCGGGCGGCGCCGCACAACAAGCACCUGGCCCGGGUGGCGGACCCGCGCUCCCCCAGCGCCGGCAUCCUGCGCACCCCCAUCCAGGUGGAGAGCUCCCCGCAGCCACAGCGACCUGCAGGGGAGCCGCUGGAGGGCCCUGCCCAGGCCCCGGACUCUGACCCCCGCUCCCCUACCCUUGGCAUCGCCCGGACGCCUAUGAAGAUCAGCGGAGAUGCCCCCAAUCCACUGGUGAAACAGCUGGACGAAGAAUUUGGGUCAGAAGCCUCCAACACAAAUAUUCUCCCAGAGCCUGUUCUGCCCUUGGAGGCACUGUCCUCCUCUGAAUUGGACUUGCCUCUGGACACCCAGUGUCUCCUGCAGGAUCAGGUACCUUCGCAGAGCCAGACUCAGCUCCCCUUUAAGCAGGCACCUUCCACAGAGGAAACGGCAUUGCCCUCAGAGACCCCUGUGACCAGCCAGGGCUCAGGCAGGCUUCUGAGAGACUCCCAGACUCCCAGAGCUUCAGGUGCUAAGUGCAAUAGACGGAAACCAAAAGGCAAGGUUCUAGGGCGAUCUCCCCUCACCGUCUUGCAAGAUGACAACUCCCCUGGCGCCCUGACUUCACGACAGGGUAAGCGGCUUUCUCCUCUGAGUGAAAACAUUCGGGAUCUGAAGGAUGGGACCAUUCUGGGAACGGGGGGACUGUUGAAAGCUGGGGGACGAGCCUGGGAACAAGGCCAGGACCAAGACAAAGAAAACCACCACUUCCCCCUGGUUGAGAACUAGUCCCAUGUGGCUCCAGCCCUGGCUGGCUUCACCAGGAGUCUUAUGGCUUUUCAUCCUCUUUCUUGGAAGACUGGAGAGACUUCUGAUCACCUGCUAAACUGCCAAGUGUGAGAAUUUCAUUGAGUUUUUUUGUGUGUUUUGUGUGUUUCUUAUGUAUUAAAGGAAGGAAUUUUAAGGGA